AUUUGUUAGAUUUUGGCGGUUGUAUACCAGAGGUAGGAAGUAAUCCAAGUAAGAGCGAGAGAGAGGGAGGCAACGGUUUUGCGCCGUUGCUUUUCCUUCUCUCUUGGCUUCAUUUCCACAAGGCCAGAACCCUCUGGUUUUACGGUUCGGCCAAAAUAACUCCGAUAUUCGAAUUUGAGUUUCCGCUCAAUUAUCCCCGACGUUUUGGCCGUUCCGUCUUCCGUUUCUUUGAUAUAGAAUUUGUUUUUGUUGUCUAAUUUGCCUUGAAUUUCCGUGUUGUUGUUGCUGCUGCUGUACUUAGUUGGCAUUGUGUCUUUGACUUGGACUGCGAGCUGCACACGGACAUUGAUUGUUAGAAAUGGAAGCCUUUUGGAGCUGAAAAGACGGCAAUAUAUGAUACGAUUCGAAUAAUAAUUUGAAAAUUCAUUUUCUAAAUUCAUUCAACCUGCAUUUGGGAGACUUCAGACAGAAAUUCGAAUGGCGGUCCACCUUGGGAACGAUGUAGAAAUUCAUCAGUGAACGCUCCCGUUUUCAAAUGCGUUGACGUUUGUCCUAGGCACUCUGUGAGAGAGAAAAAUUGGAGGACUUUGAAGUUUCUGUGGUUAUUAUUAUUAUUAUUUUUCCGUUCGCAAAGAUACCUGGGUUUUGUUGUUAGCAGAAGGGAAAUUUGAGAGGCGAUGGCUCUGGAGCAGCAGCCUAUGAAGGAAGAGAAAAUUCUUGUUUCGGUUAGGUUGAGACCAUUGAAUCAAAAGGAAAAGACCAAGAACGAUGUUUCAGAUUGGUGCGUCAAAAAUAACACCGUCAUGUACAACAGUAGCCACCCUGAUCGCCCCAUGUCUCCCUCUGCUUAUUCUUUUGACAGAGUAUUUGGAUGGGAAUGUCCCACUAGGAAGGUGUAUGAUGAGGGAGCUAAAGAGGUUGCUCUUUCAGCCAUCAACGGCAUCAACUCCACCAUUUUUGCCUAUGGACAAACAAGCAGUGGAAAAACAUACACUAUGAAGGGGAUUACAGAUUAUGCAAUUACGGAUAUAUAUGAUUACAUUGAGCAACAUAGUGAUAAGGAGUUUGUGUUGAAGUUCUCUGCCAUGGAGAUCUAUAAUGAAGCUGUCAAAGACCUCCUCAGCUCUGACAGUGGUCCACUUAGGCUACUAGACGACCCAGAGAAAGGGACUGUUAUCGAGAAACUUUCAGAGGAGAUUUUGAGAGACCAGAACCACCUGCAGGAACUUCUUUCCAUCUGCGAAGCUCAAAGGAAGAUAGGAGAGACCUCUUUGAAUGAAACUAGCUCCAGAUCUCAUCAGAUUUUGCGACUGACAAUUGAAAGUUCUGCUCGAGAAUAUCUAGGCAUUGAAAGUUCAAGCACACUAGCAGCUACUGUGAAUUUUGUUGAUCUUGCGGGCAGCGAGCGUGUUUCUCAGGCAUUAUCAGCUGGUGCAAGAUUGAAAGAAGGUUGCCACAUAAAUCGAAGUUUACUGACCCUGGGAGGUGUAAUUCGCAAAUUAAGCAAGGGAAGAAAUGGACACGUACCUUACAGAGACUCUAAACUAACACGCAUACUACAAAAUUCUUUGGGAGGCAAUGCCAGGACAGCCAUCAUUUGCACUAUGAGUCCUGCACGAAGUCAUGUUGAGCAAUCAAAAAACACCCUGUUCUUUGCAAGUUGUGCAAAAGAGGUGAGUACUAAUGCAAAGGUCAAUGUAGUAACAUCAGAUAAGGCCUUAGUAAAGCAAUUGCAGAAAGAACUAGCAAAAAUGGAAGGUGCAUUGACGAGCUUAACAUCAAAGUCAAUGCAAGAGAAAGAACUUCUGCUUGAACAGAUGGAUAAAGAGAUAAAAGAAUUGACCCGUCAACGUGAUCUUGCCCAAUCUCGGGUUCAGAAUUUGUUACAAUCAGUUGGAGAGGGCCGAGCUCCAAGAAUAGGUGAAAAUUCAGGAUCGGAGGAGUCAUUAGACAUGGGUGUAAAGGCAUACAAAUCAUCUGAUAUUACUGAUAGACCUAGCUUACCUAAUUCCAGCAAGCACAACCGGCAGCUUUCUGAGAGUUCUGAUGAAUUCUUUCUGCUGGACAGUAGUACUCCACAGUUUGAUGGGCUUGAUCCAUGCCAGGGUUGGGAGGAUAUUGCACAAAAAUCUCUUGCAGAGUCUGAACAUUUUGCACAAACUUCUCAUACAGAACCUAAAGAUAUUACACAAAGAUGUCAUGCAGACCCUGAAGAUAUUGCGCAAAGAUGUCACGCAGAAUCUGAAGAUAUUGCACAAAGAUGUCACGCAGAAUCUGAAGAUAUUGCACAAAGAUGUCGUGCAGAAGCAUCUAGUACGGAAUCUGAAGCUAGCUGCAAGGAAAUUAGAUGCAUAUCAAGCAUGGACCAGAACACUUUUGAUUCGUUUUUACCUGGUUCUGAAGUUCUCAUGCAUGAAGAUGUGCCUUCAUCCUCACAGACAAUACCCAUGCAGGAAGUUGCAGCUUCAUCCUCACAGACGGGAGAUAAGGAGCUGAAUCAUGUUAAUGCAGAGUAUGAAGCGAUGCGGCUAAAAAUUCAGGAACUGCAAAGGACAAUUAACAACCUUGUCACUCUUGCCCCCAUAGGACAAUCUCCUUCUUCCUCUGAAUCUAGCUCUAUAAGCUUGGGUAUGUCCAGAAGUCGAAGUUGCAGGGCAGUUGUCAUGAGUCCAUCUUCUUUUGCAUCUAAUGAGGCAGAACAAAACGAGAACGCAACACUUGCUGAAGGCUUUCCACGGUGGCCCUCCAGAUCAAGGCAAGGUGCCCACAGUAGAAAUUUAUCCAGGGAAGAUUUUCCAACUUCUGGUCUGAGUGGUCCCUUGGACACAGAUGGCAGUGGCACCAGAGAUCAUCCUGACGCAGAGGCUAUUAUAAAGCAGGACUUUCCUAACAAAAAGCCAAAAGUCCAUCGGGGGGAUACUUCUCGAUCCAAGUAUGGUGGCCACAGUGGAAAGUUACCCAGAAAAGAUUCUGAUCAAGAUUCUCUGUUGAGUGUUCACAUGGAGACAGAGGAAAGCAGGGAGUCAACUGGUGCAGAGGGCAUUGUUGAAGACUUGCCUAGAAGUUCAAGAGGCUUGAGGUGGAAGCUAUUUCAUAAAUCAAAGCAAACUUCCGAAGUAGGUAACUCAUCCAGAGCGAGUUCUCAGUUAGCUUCUGUUUUGAGUGCUCCAGUGGCCUGGAAAGUUAUCCCCAACGUUUCAGAGUCUGAUAUAGAGGAUAACGUUAGUGUUCUCAAUUUUGAUGAGGAACAAAAUGAAGACAAGUACGAGGUACAAAGAGGAGCAGCAUGGAGGAGGCAUGGUCGUAUGGAUACAAGGCAUUGUGCUUUGAGAACCCAUUCCAAUUGGCGCCUUGAUUUUGAGACACAGAGGGGACUAAUAAUUGAACUCUGGGAUGCUUGCUUUGUGCCAUUGGUUCACAGAGCCCAUUUCUUCCUCCUUUACAAAGGUGAUCCCUCUGACUUUCUCUACUUGGAGGUAGAGCUCAGAAGGUUGACCAUUCUCAAGGACACUUUCUCCGAGGGAAGCAAUCUUAAAGUUCGUCAAGCUCUCACACCAGCUGCAAGUAUGAAGGUUCUUAAGCGGGAGAGAGAAAUGCUGAGUAAGAAAGUGCACAAGAGGUUCACAUCAAAGAAGGAAAAAGAAAGGCUCUACCAGAAGUGGGGCAUUAGGCUGAACACAAAGCAGAGGAGCCUGCAGUUAGCGAACUUGCUAUGGACGAGCACAAUGGACAUAGGCCAUAUAAGGGAGAGUGCAGCCCUUGUGGCAAAGUUGGUGGGGCUUGUUGAGCCACUUGAGGCUCCCAAGGAGAUUCUUGGACUCAGCUUCUUAUCCCGACCCAUAAACAAGAAAUCCUCCAUCUGGAGAGACUCCAUGUCUACUCUAUAGAAUUUGCGAGUGUUCCAGUUAGACAAGGUGACCGUAGAAACCAUUUUUUGUACAUACAAUUGUGCCCCACUUCAGCUCAGCGCAGCUCGAAUGGAGAUACUCCAUUGUAAACUAAA